CAGAUUCUCACAAACUGUAGCCUCCGCCUUGUCAACCGUGAGGGAGAUGUUCUCUCUACCAUGAAGAAGAAGAAGAAGUAGUAGCCCUGGGUCCUCUCGUCUGCUCGACUGCUGAAAGAGAGGAAAGAAGGGAAGGAAGGAAGGGAAGAGCGAGCGAGCGAGAGAGAGAAACCUAACUUCCAAGCAGGCGUCAACAAGGCGUCAGAAAGGAACAGAAAAGAAGAAAGAUCGGUCCUGCGAUGCAAGCAGAGGCAAAAAAGGAGUCUGUCUUCCGGCUGGUUUAAAUUCCCAGUCGGGGCCACAUUGUAGAAGAGGAUCUGCCAAUACCUCACCAAACCCAGUCCCGAGAGAAGAAAAAGGCAGGAGCCUGGGAUGUGUGGGCGCCAGGAAAAAAGCUCGGCACUGCACGAAAAGAAGAUAGGAACCGCCUCUGUGGCAUUUGCAUAAACUUGAGAACAAGAAGAGAGGAAAUUGUGGCCCACAAGACAAAUACUAACCUACUGGUCGGGAAAAGAAAUAGGUCAAACAACCCAUGCUAGGACCUUUUCUUUUUUUGUGCGUGUGUCUGUGGUGGGUUGUUGUUUUUUUAGGAGCUUUAAACAAAUCUCUGUAGAGCAAAAUCUUUGAAUUUUUAAUAUCUUUUAUAUCAUUUUAUCAACAUUUUCUCUUUUGUUUCAACUGUUGGGAUUUUUUUUUUAAAUCCUCCCUCUUUUCUAUUACUUUUUUCUACUAAAAAGAACAUUUUCUUCUCGCUCUCUCUUUUUACAAAAAGGUGAUCUUGAACUAUAAUUAUCCAACGUGCACACAGACACACACACACACACAGAGGCAGCAAAGGAUUGAGUUUCCUGGUUGUUAAAUAAUUGAACUUGAAGUCAAAACGUAGACGAGGUGGCUGAAUUGAUUGCUACAUGACACUCGCUAGAGCCGCCAAGUAGGAAGAGAAGAACGCUGUCAUUCGAAAAAACCCUUCUCCCCCCGCCAUCAAAAUUUCAGCAGUGCCUAACAGGAAAAUAGUCCCCGAAUCAGCGAACUGAGUUUGAACAGGAUCUCUUAGAAUGCACUUAUUGUAGCGAUUAAAAUAGGAAGACCGUCUGAAGGCUUGAAAACCAGAAGAGAAUUUGGGACUGGAUUUUGUUUAAAGUGCCGAAGUUUUCUUCCAUUUGGAAAGGGAUACAUUUGUGUGUGUGAUGAUCAUUGUCUAUUUUUGCGGUGACGGAAGACAGUCGUUUUGAGGCGGUGGGGGGGAUUACUACACUACUAUUCAGCCGAGCGGAGAUCGGUUUGUUCCUCCCACCCCAACAAUAAUCUAAUUUUAAGUGGCAGAACUGGAAGCGAGUUUUAACCUCCAACUUCAGCACAAAGCUCAUCUUUGGUGCUUCUUGGCAGUGACGAGAGCCAGCUCAGAGGCGUUCCGCGGUGAAUGACCGGGGGCCCAUCAGCGACGCCGUAGGAGGGGGUACCCCAAAUGGAGCCCACCGAGCCGUUGGAAGCCAAGUGGCAGGGGGAGGAUGAAACCACCAGACCCGAAAUGGUCAAGGCCCCCCCGGAACAAGGAAAAGGGGACAGUGAGGCCAGGCCGGAGAUGGAGAUGGAAAAUGUCCCCGCAGUGAAUGGGCAGGAGGCGAAUCCGGUGCCCGGUGGCAAGGAGCCCCCCUCUGAAAAUGGGGAGGAGAAUGCUUUGAAAGAAGAUGAAGCCGGACAGGCGGAACACCCAGCCGCCCCAAAGCCAGAAGAGGCUGAGUCUCAAGAGCGGGAACAGACGCCGGGAGAGGAGGUCCCACUAGAGGACGCUGCCUCUCCGCCCAGCACCUCCUCCUCUAGCAUUGCGGUCACUGAUCCCAGCAGCAGCUGCCGGACCCCCGAGCAGGCUGCCGAGGCUGCCGAGGCAGCCCCCAAGGCUCCGUCCGCCCGCCCUGUGCCCCCCGACUUCUACUGCGUGAAGUGGAUCAGCUGGAAGGGAGAGAGGACCCCCGUCAUCACGCAGAGCGAGAACGGGCCCUGCCCUCUCCUGGCCAUCAUGAAUAUCCUCUUCUUGCAGUGGAAGGUGAAGCUGCCGCCUCAGAAAGAAGUGAUCACAUCGGAUGAACUGAUGGCUCACCUGGGGGACUGUAUCUUAUCCAUCAAGCCCCAAAGCCAGUCAGAAGCACUACAGCUCAACUUCCAGCAGAAUGUCAACGACGCCAUGACAGUCCUGCCCAAGCUCUCCACGGGCCUGGAUGUGAACGUGAGGUUUACGGGCGUCGCGGACUUUGAGUACACCCCGGAGUGCAUCGUCUUUGACCUCCUCAACAUCCCUCUUUAUCACGGGUGGCUUGUGGACCCACAGAUAUCAGAAAUGGCCCAGGCUGUUGGCAAACUGAGUUACAACCAGCUGGUGGAGAAAAUCAUCACUUGCAAGCACUCCAGCGAUCCCAACUUAGUGACGGAAGGCCUGAUAGCAGAGCAGUUUCUGGAGUCCACAGCUUCCCAGCUCAGCUACCACGGCUUGUGCGAGCUCACGGCCACUGUCAAAGAAGGCGAGCUGAGCGUCUUCUUCAGGAACAACCACUUCAGCACGAUGAUAAAGCAUAAGAGCCACUUGUACCUCCUGGUCACAGACCAAGGCUUCCUGCAAGAGGAGCAGGUGGCUUGGGAGAGCCUUCACAGUGUGGACGGGGACAGCUGCUUCUGCGACGCGGAGUUCCACCUCAGCCACGCCCUGGGCAAGGAGGCGGCGGCGGCCAGCGACACCCCACAGGAGCAGCACCUGAACCAGAGGCAGGUGGACCAGGACUACAUGAUCGCCUUGUCCUUGCAACAGCAGCAAGGGGGCCCCGCCCUGAGCGACCUUGAGCUGGCGCAGCAGCUGCAGCAGGAGGAGUACCAGCAGCAGCAGCCGCCCCCCGCCGCUGCCUCCCCAGCACAGGGGAGAGGCCAGCCAUCACCCCGUCCAGCUGGGGAGCGCAGACCACGGCAGAAGCAGGAUUCGGAUUGCGUCCUGCUGUGAAGGGGGCCCCUGGCCAUCCGGAGCACCCUCCUUGGAAGCUCCGGGACUUGCCGCCGAGAAGACCCAUGCCGUGUAUGCGUUGAAAGACUGCUAUUGGAAGUCGGAACCAAAAUGUUGUGUUUUUUUUUAAAGAAAGGAAAAAAGAGAGAGAGAGAGAGCUAAACUUAGGAAAACAAGCGUGCAUCCUCCUGUGUGUUUGAUUCCGACACACACACCCCAAGUGCAUUGUAAUUCUCAGUAAUUAGGGCGUUGCUGGGGGCCGAGUGGGGAAUAUCCAGCCAUCCAGGGGCAGCCCAACCAUAGAGGCAACCUAGUCAGCUGCCCAGAGUGUCUGGAUUCCAGGGAGGCUUCCACUCUCAACUCUGACAACCUAGUGGGAAGAGAGAGAGUCCCCAGAAACUCCUGAACCGCUCGUGGGCGGGACAUCCCCAGGGACACGAAUCGAAUCGGAGCCUUCGGGCCUCAAGUAGCUGAUUGGAGCAUUGACAUCGUUGCAAAGAGGAGGCAGUUAAGCCGUGAACAAUGGCUCGCUUCUCAUGGAGGGAGGGGAAUAAGAAAUAGUAUCUUGGCCAAUUAAUUAGCAACUUGGACUAUUAACACAGCUCAGAAUAAAAUACACUCAAGGGGAGGAUUUAAUUUGCCCAGAGCAGAAGAUAGAAAAGAAACAAACCCCAGACUCUAGGCACCUCUAAAAUCAUGAGGAGGCGGAGUCUUCCCAAAACUCUGCACAUGGGCAGAGGUGUUCUUCUCCUCUCCAGGGGGUUGGGGGUAGGGAACAGCCCCAACUGAUCCACAAAAAAGAAGAUUUGGGGGCUGUUCGUCAUAACAUAAGCUUCUGAAAAAUAUUCCAGGACUGAGUAAGCACACUGUUUGUUUGGUAAUGGAGCACGUGGAGUGUAGUCAUGCUGGACUACUGACACAAGGUUUAGCAGAGGUGAGGAAGAAGCACCAAAAGCUUUAAAAGCUUCUUAGAAGGUAAAUUAAACUUUAAAAAGAAAAGAAAUAAAUGGACUAUGUUCUCAAAAUGCUGCCAAGGAAAAGGAGGCGACAGUACUCGGUUUUGGGCUGUCACUCAAUUAAUGGAAUUAAUCAUAUGUGUCAAUUUGAUUAACCACAUGUGUCUGGUCAAUCUACAUAAAUUUGCAUAUGAAUAAAAUACUUCUGAAAUAAAAA